AUGAACAGAAUCAUUGAAAUUCCCUCGGAUUUAAUAAAAAAUGGUAAAACUUUAACUAUUGAAAAAUAUUCUCAAUUAUUUAUAAAUGGUUAUCAUUUAUCACAACCAUCAAAUUUUGUUCGACAUAAUCAUGGUUUAUGUCUUAUUGAUACUCAACAACAAGAUAUUAAAUCAGGAACAUAUACUCAUCAAUUUGAAUCAAAUAAUGAUGAGUUUUAUCUGGUCCAAUUGAUAAUUGAAUUUCCUGGUGAAAUAUUGAAUACUGGAAAAAGUAUUACAAUUGAAAAGAAUGAUUCAAAUGAAGACGAACUAUCAGGAAAUUUGGAAGAUCUUUACAAUGUUGAAAAUUUAAAAAAAUCUGAAAGAAAAAAAGAUAUUAUUAUAAAAAUUCCAAAAAAAUAUAUUCAAAGAGGAAAAACAAUUAUUAUUCAAAAAGAUAAUAUAUUUGUUACUAACAGUGAUGAAUAUCAUAAAAAAAAAUCACAUCGUUUAACUAAUUAUAAAUUUGCUAAACAAAAUUAUCUUCAAUUAAAAAAUAUGAUGGAAAUGACAAUUGAAGUUUCACCAGAACUUUUUGAUGAUAAUCAAAAAAUAACAUUUCGAAAAGAAAAUUCUGAUGUUAUUUCUGGUAAUUUUCCAUAUCGUCGUCAAUCAAAACAUGAUGUACAAGUCAAUAUAAAAGAUGCUUUAAAAAAUAAAAAUAAAAAUGCAAUAGAAGAAUUUUUAUCAAAUAAAAUAUGGAAUCCUGUUUUAUCUGAUGAUGGAAAUUUUAUUAAAUUAUCUCUUAAUUUUAAUAAUCAACCAAAUAUUAUUAAUCAAGAUCAACUUAAAAUUAUUCUUGAUCAACAAAAUUUACGUGUAGAAACAAAAGAUCAACAAGGUUUUCAUAUUUAUCAACAAAUUAUUUUACCAGAAAAAACAAAAUCAGACCAAACCAAAUAUCAAUUUGAUGAAAAACAUCAUUCUCUUAAUAUAACACUUCCUAUUCAUCAAACAGUUUAA